CUCUUCCUCGCGAGGCGAGCGCUCUAACCACUGAGCUACAGGACGCCACACUCUAAUCCUAUGACUGACCUCCAGACUAGAGCAUGGCCACGACGUCAGGUAACAAUGAGGAUGACCUGACUAUUCCACGAGCCGCCAUCAACAAGAUUAUCAAGGAGAUUCUGCCGAGUGUCAGAGUGGCAAACGACGCCAGGGAAAUGGUGGUGAGCUGUUGCACCGAAUUCAUCCACUUAAUAGCCUCAGAGGCAAACGAGAUCUGCAACAAGUCGGAUAAAAAGACUGUUUCACCCCAGCAUAUCAUGCAAGCUUUGGAGAGCCUGGGUUUCGGAUCGUACAUCACUGAGGUGAAGGAGGUUGUGCGAGAGUGCAAGACGGUGGCUUUGGAACGCAGAAAGGCCCGCUCGCGGCUAGAGAACAAGGGAAUACCGGAGGAAGAGCUUCUCCGGCAGCAACAAGAACUCUUUGCAAAGGCACGGGAACAGCAGGCGGAGAUGGUGCAGCAGGAGUGGCUCCAGAUGCAACAAGCCGCGCAACAGGCACAGCUGGCAGCUGGGGGCACUAGCACAACGGGUUCCUCGCUGUGCGAGGAGGAGGAGGAGGAAGAGAUGUGAGCACACCCCCCCAACCUCAACCCGACCAAAACGUCACUCCUUGCUCUUCCCCACCUCUCCCCCAUCCCAACACAAGGCUUCACUGACUGAAGACGUCUCCAAGCUUCAAGAGAUGGAGAGAGAUCAUUGUGCGUUCG